AUGUCUACUCAUUCUGCUUUGGUUUAAAACUUUAAAGAUUUAUAUAAUAAAUGUAAGCUUAUAGAGGUUUUAAAAUUAAUUGAUGAUUUUCCAGUUUUAGAUGAUUUUGACAUUUAUUCAGAGGUAUAGAUGUUCAAAAGCAUAUGUUUAUUCGAAUUAAGUAGGUUUGAUGAGGGAACAAUGGUUAUGGAAAAUCUUUUAAAUAGGUAGAAAAAAGAGAGAUAAGGUAAAUAAAUAUAGGAAAUAGAUAUUAUAGUAAGAAUUUUACUUUUAUGGUAAUUAUAUUUUAGUGAUUAAGAAAAUUUAAAAAGAGUAUAUGAGUUUACAGAUUAGCUCUAUGAAAUUUGCAAAAAGUAUUCUUUAUAGUUUAGUGAUAUAAAAUAUUAUAAUCAUGGAAUUUACUAGUUCGGAAUAGGAACUUGUAGCUUUUUUGAGUAUUAUUAUGAAAUAGAUAAUUUGGAAUGUGUAGAUUAUUUUAUUAAAUGUAUUGAUUAGGUACCUUAAUAUGAAUACCAAAUCUUAAAUUCUAUUGGGUGGAUAUAUAUAAUGAAGAAUAAAUACGAAGAAUCUCUUAAAUGGAAUAAAAGGCUUUAUGAAAAAUGUCCUAGUUUUCCAGGAGUUGCAAAUAAUUUAUCUGUUUGUUAUAUGAAUAUGGAAAUGUAUGAGGAAGCGAAAGAAUGUAUUCAUUAUGCUGAAAAAUUGUGCCCUAGUAAUGUGGUAAUUCUUAACAAUGUAGCAUAAAUCUACGAAUUAACAAAAGAUUUAUAAAAUGCUACAAAAUACCAUAAAAUGUCAUAUCAAUUAAAUCCUAAAUUUUCUUAGACAUGUUAUUAAUAUGGAUUAUUUAUGAUUGACAACGGAUUUGAAAAAGAGGCAAUUCAAAUUUUAGAAAAAGGUCUAAAUGAAAACCCUGAUUGCUAUAUGAUAUAUGAGUAAUUAGUGUAACUUUUAUAUGAAAAGGAAGACUAUGAAAAAUGUUUAUAGUAUUUAGAAAAAGGCAUUCAAUUAAAUCCAAAUGACCCAAGAUUUUAUGUAUCAACUGGAAGCUUUUACUUUAAUUCAGCAGAAUAUGGGCAUGCAAUAAAAAAUUUAAAAAAUGCACUUGUAAUUCUAGAAAAUAAAAAAUGGACUAGUUUAAAAAUAGAGGCUAUGGCUUAUUUGGGAAGUUGUUAUUUUUAUUUAGAGUAAUACGAAGAAGCGUUAAAUUAUUAUUUUUAAGCUAUAAACUAAGAUAUAAAAUCCUAUGACUUUAGAGUAGAAAUAAAAAAUAUAGCUUUAAUUCUUGAUUUUUAAUUAAUAUGUAAAGGUUCUCAAUUUAAUAGCAUAUCAAAAGGUAAUAUAGCCUCAUCUAAUAUACUUAAAUGA